AUGUAUGUCGAAGACGCCCCUGAGCACUCCAUAACCAUGGGUUAUCACAGUUUCGCGCUAAAAACUGCACGUACACAGCUUAUCAUAAGCUGCAAUCGAUAUAUUUUCACAGACGAAGGAGAUGAGGAGAAUGUCCAUAGCACGCGAGUCAGGGCUUUCACGAUGUCAGGGUACGACGACAGCCACCGCGCGUUUUUGCAGGCGUUUAUGGCGCGAUCGACCAUGACGCUGGAGGAGGCCAGGCCCGUGCUUUCUGCCAUCUUCACCGUGAGCGAAGGGAGAGAAAUCUUGCCGGGAGACAUCACACAAACAGACCUGAAUACAUACAUAGCUGCCAUUAACACGGCCAUAUCGGCCUUUGACUUUGAGAUACGCAGCACUGCUCACCAGACACAGCAGUCGCGUGUGUACGCCCUCAUCAACACCACCAGUGACCCGCUGAUGCAGCUUGCCACGACGUACAGCGCGGAUGAGAUCGCCUAUGUCAAGCGGCUACUCGAUGCCAUGUUCGAAUCGAAUAACACCCUUCGCUGCGAAGCCAUGGUCGUUUCGUCCAUUGAAGCCGUUAGACUUGCCCGCACGGUAACGAAUGCCAGUCGGAGACAGUCAGAGGCUGCCCCUCAGAGUGGUGCCGCCCAGCCAUUGAGCAUGAGGGAGGCCGAAGACAUGCUGAGCCGCCUGGUAUCCGAAGGGUGGCUAGAAAAGAGCCGGCAGGCGUACUAUAGCCUCUCACCCCGAGCAUUGAUGGAGCUUCGAGGCUGGCUGGUCGAUACGUAUAAUGACGAAGAAGAUGAGAACGGGGACACUCCCAGAAACAACAAGAUAAAGACAUGCUUUGCAUGCCAAGAGAUUAUCACAGUGGCCAACGAUGUUCGACGCGCAAAUGUUUAG